AUGGUUGAUUAUUCCUCAUGGAAGGUGGCUGACCUGAAGGCCGAGCUCAAAAAGCGCGAGAUCCCUCAAACGGGUCUCCGCGUCAAGCAGCAAUUCAUUGAUAAGCUGAACGAGCUUGACUCACAGACAGGUCAGACUGAACCCGAAGCUGCAGCUCUCGAUGAGAGUGCCGUUCCACAACAACCUAGCCCAGAUGUCGUUUCACAAGCACCAGACCCCGAGCCCGAGCAAUCCAAGUCCGAAGAACCCAGCGAAGAACCCAGCGAAGAACCCAGCGAAGAACCAACCCAACCCAAAGAACAAACCCUUGCCCCAGAAUCUGCCGCCGAAAAGGGAGAGAAUGAGAAGGAUCAGAAAGAUGAGCCAGCCCAGAAACACCCUGAGACGGUAUCCAAUGAGAAAAUCGAACAUGACACAAAGCCUGUCGAGGAAUCCGCCAUCGUGGAUCAAACAGCUCCAAAGGAACAAUCUCCAACUAUCGAGAAAUCACCCGCGAUUGUAACGGAUCAAGAUUCAAAGACAGAGGACUCCGCAAAGCCUCAAGAAACCCGAGCACCUUCCUCCCUUCAGACCCCCGAGGAGACUACCGCGACUUCAACACCCCUACCUACCGAGGAAGCAUUGGAAGAUACACGCAAACGGAAACGCCGCAGUCAAAGCCCCGCUCCCACGCUCGAAGAGAUUGCCAACAGGAAGGCUCGUGCGGAGGAAGCGGCGCCGCGAGUGCUGAUGAAAGAUCAGGGAAACAAUGAUCAGAAGCCUACAACGACUCCAGCGGAGAGUCAAAAUGACUGCUUACCCGCUGACAAGAAAAUACUGUCUCCCAAACCCGCUGGCAAACAAGAUGCUCGUUUCCGCAAUUUGUUCGCUCCUAGCGGGGAAUCCGCUCGGCCUCCAUCUCCUCAAGACAUGGCGAUGCCAGACGUAGAUGCAGGUCCGGCCUUGCACGCUGCCACAUCUGCCCUCUACAUCGAUGGUCUCAUGCGUCCGCUCCAGCCAGCUACGCUUCGCAAACACCUCUCCAACCUAGCCGCCACCCCCAACGACACGUCCGAUUCCGACGCGAUUGUGGAGUUCUAUCUCGACUCUAUCAAAACUCACUGCUUUGUGAGCUUCACCAGCAUGGUUGCAGCUUCUCGUGUUCGCUCUGCCCUUCACGGUACCGUUUGGCCGAACGAACGCAACCGCAAGAGCCUCCGCGCGGACUUUAUCCCAGACGACAAAACCAAGGAAUGGAUCCACAUAGAAGAGCAAUCCCGAGACCGUGCUGGUCCUGCCCCCCGAUGGGAAGUUAGAUACGAGACAUCUGAUGAUGGAAUCACUGCCAUACACGCCGAGGUAGGCUCUGCUCCUACCGGACGCCGGGAAUCCGGAUUCAACCGUACUCCUCCUCUUGGUCCACGCAGCGAUAUUGAGCGACUUAAUCACCGCCCUUCUAUCCCCGCUCCGCCGCCCGCUCCGCGCCCCGGUCAGGGCUUCAAACCCUUGGACGAGAUCUUUGAAUCUACUACCGCCAAGCCCAAAUUGUACUACCUCCCCGUUCCCCGCCCGGUUGCAGACAAGCGCCUGGACCAAUUCGACGACCUGAUUCAGAAGGGAGUGUUUCCUCGCCGCGGCGGUGACGAGAUGCGGCGAAUCACUUUUGAGAACGAGGAUCAAUUUGUGGACGUCGGGCCAGAAAGGAUGGGUCCUGGCCCUCGAUUUGGAGGACGUGGACGGGGACGUGGCCGUCGUGGAGACUGGCACUAA